UGUUGUUUGACAGUAUUCCGGAAUACACCAGGCCGAUGACUGUAACAGUGGAAGAAUCCUAUAAGAUACCUUUCCUUUUUGAUAAAACUGCAUACCAAAAAUCUGGCGCAGUGAUAAGAAUGUUGGAAAACAUGGUUUCGCGAAAAGUUUUCCGACAAGGUUUAAUUUACUACUUGAAGGAGAAACAAUUUCAAACGGUAACACCCCGUGACCUUUACAGAAAUAUUCAACGAGUCCUAGAUGAAUCUUCUGAAAACGUUUUUCCACAACCAUUGACGGUUGAAAGUGUAAUGACAACCUGGGAAACGAUCGCUGGCUUUCCACUUGUAACAGUUACAAGAAAUUACGGUAGCACCAUAAAUAACAUCAAUCUCAAACAGAGGGCGUUUAAUAUAUACAACAACCAGGGUGAGGAUGGACGCUGGACGAUACCAAUUAAUUACGCUAGCAAGGGGAGUGCCUCGUUUGAGAGCACUGCUCCGAAAAAAUGGCUCAUACAUCCAACAGAUACAUUUACAGUCGCAGAUUUAGACGAUAGGGAUUGGUUCAUAGUGAACGUACAGCAAAGUGGAUAUUAUCGAGUUAACUACGAUGAAAGAAACUGGGCUCUAAUUGCCGAUGCACUAAAAGAAGACCAUCGUGUAAUUCACCCACUGAACAGAGCAAAGUUGUUAGAGGAUAGUUUUUAUUUAGGGGCAACAGGAGAUAUUUCUCCCAAUAUAUUUUCUAAAUUAUCAGAAUAUCUGGUAAAUGAAGAUGAUUCGUUAGUGUUAGCUGCCCUUCCUGCGCUUUUCGCCAGUAUGGAUAAUAAGCUUUAUUAUUCAAGAGGACACGAUGACUUUAAGGAUCGUGUUAUUUAUCUUCUUCAAGGUGCAUAUAAUCAUUUGACAUUCGACGAAAGGUUAAGUGACAGACUUAGUGAAAAAGAGGCGCGCGCCGGUGUUAUAUUUUGGUUGUGUAAAAUGGGACACAUGGAAUGUCGAAGCAAGGCAUUGGAAAAAUUUGAGGCAUGGAAAAAUGAGAAUGCGACUAUUUCAACCGAUUUGGAAUCUGCAGUAUUUUGCAGCGCCAUGCGUAGCAAUAACCAAAGCCACUUCGAUUACUUAUUUAAACUAUUUAUUGAAACGACCGACUAUGAUUUGAAGAGCCGCAUUGCGUCUGGUUUAAGCUGUAUGGAGGAACAUAAAUAUUUGCAACGAUUUUUAGAAAAUUGUUUGAAUUACUGUCCAUCAGCAUUACUAGAACAGGUCAUUAAGCAAAUGCACAGCAGUAGCAAGCAUGGGUUAGAAGUAGUGUUAGAUUUUCUUUCCCAAAACAUGGAGAAAGUUCAUAAAAUCUUUGGUGGUCACACAAAGUUUAUGGUUGAAGAGCUUGCCAGUCAAUCCUACACCGAUGGGCAUCUGAGAAAGUUAGCAAGGUCGCAGUUAUGGGCAAAGUCAGUCCCCUUUUUCGAUAGAGCUGUAGCAACGAUAGCCAAUAAUGUUGCAUGGCUGAAUAAAAAUGAACACAAGUUGUUGGAAUUUUUAACACAUUCACAAUAAAACAUGUUCUGUUGGAUUUAUUACGGAAUA